AUGCGUUCAUCAGCGUUGCUACUUGUUUUAUUGGCUGUGGUCUCUCAUAGUCAUGGAAAACGGCCUCGUGAUCCAUUGAAUUCGUUUUAUGUUCAGGCAACUGUUGGACAACCGUGGCCACAGCCUCAAGCAAUUCAUACAACUCCACAACAAUAUGGUGUACAUCCAGCUGCUUUUCAUUUCUUAGUUAAUCAAACAAGUCAAACAUGCGAUCUACUUACAAGUGCAUUGGAUCGUUAUUAUAAAUUGAUAUUCUAUCCAUAUUCUUAUUUAAAUUAUAUCUUGGAUCCCGAAUCAGUUAUCGAUGAAAUAAAAGAUAAACCAAAAAAAACUCUAUUUGAUCUUCGUGAUACGCCUUUAUUGAAACGACUCAAUGUUUAUAUACAAGAACCCUGUGAACAAUAUCCAACUCUCGAAUCAGACGAAUCAUACACGAUUGUUGUUACUUCUGACAGCGCCGUGCUUGAAGCGGUUUCAAUAUGGGGUGCUAUUCGUGGACUUGAAACAUUUAGUCAUCUGAUUUAUCCUGAUGAUAAUCUUGGAUUAGCUAUCAAUCAAACAACAAUCAUUGAUUUUCCUCGUUUUCAACAUCGUGGGCUACUUCUUGACACAUCACGACAUUUUAUUUCAAUAAAAACAUUAAAAAUAAAUUUAGAAGCAAUGUCAAACAGUAAAAUGAACGUAUUUCAUUUUCAUAUUGUUGAUGAUCAAUCAUUUCCAUAUGAAUCUCGUUCAUUUCCAGAUUUAAGUGGUGCAGGAGCCUAUAAUCAAGAUCAUGUCUAUUCACAAGAAGAUAUUGCAAGUCUAAUUGAAUUUGCACGACAACGUGGUAUUCGUGUUGUUGUUGAGUUUGAUUCACCAGGCCAUACACAAUCAUGGGGACGAGUGAUUGAUAUUUUAACACAUUGUUAUAGUGGAGGAAAACCAAAUAAUGAAUUUGGACCUAUGGAUCCAAGUCGAAAUUCGACAUUUAAUUUUUUGAAAAAAAUGUUUAGUGAAGUCGCAACUGUUUUUCCCGAUCAUUAUGUUCAUUUGGGUGGCGAUGAAGUUGAUUUUGACUGUUGGCGAAGUAAUCCAGAUGUUCAAGCUUUUAUGAAACAAAUGGGAUUCGGAAAUGAUUAUUCUCUACUUGAACAAUAUUACAUGCAAAAGGUAGUCGAUAUUGUUGGAUCUACAGGCAAAGGUUACGCUGUAUGGCAAGAAAUUAUUGAUAAUAAUGUAACAGUAAAAGCUGAUACUGUUGUUGAAGUUUGGAAGGAUCCAUAUCCAGAUGAAUUAGCACGUGUUACUAAAUUAGGUUAUCGUACUCUUUUAUCAACAUGCUGGUAUUUAAAUUAUAUUUCUUAUGGUAAAGAUUGGGUUAAUUAUUACAAAUGUGAUCCACAUAAUUUUGCAGGUACCGAUGCACAAAAGAAAUUAGUUGUCGGCGGUGAAGCUUGCAUGUGGGGCGAAUUUAUUGAUGCAACAAAUGUUAUUACGACGACAUGGCCGAGAGCAGCAACAGUUGCCGAACGUUUAUGGUCAGCAGCUAAUGUGACCGAUCCUAAUGCAGCAACACCUCGACUUGAAGAACAUCGUUGUCGAUAUUUACGACGUGGCAUUCCAGCUGCACCAGUCAAUGGUCCGAGCUAUUGUGAUUUUGAAUUUAAUCGUUAA